CCAGCUCCAUUAUAAUUAUUCUUAAAAGACUUGGCCUUUUCAACAGCUUGAAGGUGGUACUUACGUGGUGUGCUGCCAUGAGAGCCAUAAAAGUGUUCACGCAGCUUUUCGGUGGCCUUUUUUAGCAGAUUGCGUUGCACCGUAAAGCAUUCUUUAUGGUGCAACGCAAUCUGCAAUACCAGAAUGAGAAUAUCUGUGGUAUCUUCUGCAAAAUUUUGUUGAGACCAAUUUCAAGCUGUCUCAUUUGUUUUGCACCCAGAGAC